GACUUGCAUUUUGUUUGACAGAUGGAGGUGAGUGGAGCAGACAUCAGCUUCAGCUUACAGCACGGGCUCAUCCGUGACACUACGACUGUCAACACUUCUCAACUUACGCUCAAGACACUGAAAGAUCGUGCUUGUGAAUUCAUCAACUCUAAGUUCCCUGAACACAGCCUCAAUAAACUAAACGAGAGGUUAAUUCUCUUCCGCCACGACUACGACUCUCCUAACAUUCUUCAGAUCAUCAACGCAGCUUCGGAAGUUACUCAGGACACUUUAGUUGAGAUCGUCAUGUCAGCUCACAAUCCAUCAGAUGAGGUGCAGAUCCGGCCACACAUGCUUUAUGUUCACUCCUACAAGACUCCCACCUUCUGUGACUUCUGUGGUGAAAUGUUGUGGGGCUUAGUUAGACAAGGUCUUAAAUGUGAAGGUUGUGGCCUCAACUUUCACAAGCGAUGUGCCUACAAGAUCCCUAACAACUGUAGUUACGCUCGUCGGCGACGUACGUCUAUGCAACCCAUGCCACACUCGCCUUCCGACUCCCUCAAUUCGCUGCACAAUCAGUCGUCGCUGGAGGGUGACGCUACGGUGGUAAGGGACAUGGCGUCCCUGGCGGUCACCUCGACCACCUCCAGCCCUAACAUGAAGUGUGGUCGUUCAUCGUUCAGUGGAUCAGUGGGUAGACCAGCCUGGGUGGAGAAAGAACUAGCUACCAGAAUUAAGGUGCCACACUCCUUCGCCUUACAUAGCUACACUACACCAACCAUCUGUCAUUACUGCAAGAAGUUACUUAAAGGUUUGUUCCGACAAGGUGUUCAGUGUAAAGACUGUAAGUUCAACGCUCACAAGAAAUGUUCAGAGAGAGUACCUAAGGACUGUACAGGAGAAGCCCCCAAGAAAGACGAUGGCGACACAGGUUCCGACGGUUCCCGUGACGAUGAGAGCGACAACGAUGAUUCACCACCGUCAACGCUACACCUAGACCCAGACAGUGCCGAUGAUGACACUGCUCUCAGGCACAGACCAAACAGUCCAUCUGCGAGUAGUAACAUACCGUUGAUGAGGAUCGUGCAGUCAGUGAAACAUACCAAGCGACCCUCCAAGGUGCUCAAGGAAGGCUGGAUGCUCCACUUUACUAAUAAGGACAGCAUGCGUAAGCGGCACUUCUGGCGUCUGGAUACUAAAACAAUUACUCUCUAUCAAAAUGAAUCCAGCACCAAGUACUAUAAGGAGAUUCAACUUUCUGAGAUUCUUAACAUAGAAACUGCCAAGCAACCUCAACCCACUGGUUAGUAUUUGUCCCUCAGCCCACU